AUGCACCAGAGGCUAGCGGUGGGCAAGACCGUGCGCGUGGGCGACCUGGCCCGUGUGUGGGACGGCAAGCGAUGGCUCGACGGGCGCGUACGCAGCGUGGGCCACGCCACAACGCCAGGCGGGUGCGAGGUCGAGAUAAAGUACGCCGAGUGCGGCUGCGUGGGCAUCCAGCGCGGCCAGUGCCGACACCGGUUUAUCGAGAGCGACUGCGGCCGCCUGUGGGUGCGCGACUGCCCGGCCCUCAGGCGCCAACGGCACCACCAUCAGCAGCAAGCAGCCGCGGCCCACGAAACGGCGUCAUCAGCUCGUGUGUCAUCCACUUCCACAUCGACAACACCGGCCUGGCCGACGGCCAAGUUUCACCAACACCUGAAGCGGAAGCAGAAGAGAGAGGAUGAAGAUGACGAAGAGAGGCGCGCGAGCAAUCUGCCGAUACGGUGGAGGAAUGCGUCGGAUGAACGUGGCGGCUGCGUUAUCAAGAAGCGAAACAGCAAAGUGCAGCUGGGGCGCGGGCUGCCCGAGUGGAGACUGAACGGCAACGAGCGCCAUCGCGAUCUGCAGCACUGCCAACCCGAGUUGGCCACCAACCACACACUCGCCUUCUACCAAUCGGCCAGUAGUGAGCCGAGCCGCAACAACCACACCAUCACCACCGACACACCACUCUCGCCCACGCCCACGCUGAAGCCGACCGACGACGACGCAGAGGCAGACGACGACGUCUGUGGCGGCCAAGCCGACAAUCAACCGCGGGGCAACGUCGUCGAUGCGCAGGACCGAAACCAGAAUCAAUGGCUCGGGCCAAGACAAGAGGCUGCCGGGCGUCGACAACAGGAGAGCGUGGACGGCCGUGAGCGAACGAAGCAGUGCAAGAACCGGAGGAGGAAGGAGCUGAGGCGACAGAUGAUGAAGGAGACGAAGGAGGAGAGAGCAUCGAUCAGCGCCGCGACGGCGGUGGAGAGCGGAUCGCGGGUGGUGUCCCUCGCGGCCUACGAGUGGGUGCGCAUCGAGUCGCGCGGCGUGCUCUGGGUCGAGGAGGGACCCGCCCGGCUG